GAGAAGUUCAACGAUGAGGUACGACCUUUACCUGUGUCUGUUUUUAUGCGCGUAUACUGCAGAAUGUGCAAGGAUUCUAGGCGUUUUUCCGGUACUCUCGAUCAGUCAUCAAAUCAUUUUCCAACCAAUUUGGAAAGAACUAUCUUCAAGGGGUCACAAUGUCACCGUCAUCACGCCCAAUCCUCUCAAUGAUGUGUUCUCGCCUAAUUUGACAGAGAUAGAUGUCAGCUCAAGCGCGAAGCGAUGCGUGGAUAAUACUGAUAUCAUAAAGAAACUGGAUACAACUCAAUCGCUAUUUGCUAAAAUUAUGUUCUCCUACCACUUCCUCGAUUAUUUGAUCACCAAAGAACUUGAGCAAGAGGAGGUUUCACGACUGAUCAACAGUUCUGAAACAUUCGACCUGAUACUUCUACAAGUGAUUGGAAUACAGCCUCUAGUAUUUGGUUUCGGAGGCAAAUAUAGAUCACCAAUUAUUGGUAUAUCCACCCUCCAAGUAUUCUUGCACACCCAUGAUACCCUUGGCAACCCUACUCAUGCUCUGGUCACCCCUGAUGUGAUGCUUGGUUUCGAGGGUGAUCUUACAUUUGCCAACAAGGUGGAGAGUUUACUAUUCAACAUUUGGUAUCGAAUGCUAUACUACUGGUACGCUUUACCUAGUGCAGAUAAAGUCGCAAGAAAAUAUUUCGGGGAAGACAUUCCUUAUCUAGGCGAUAUCGAGAGAAAUACUAGUUUGCUGUUGGUGAACUCGAAUCCCAUAAUGCACGGUGUCAGGCCGAAUGUGCCCAAUGUCAUAGAAAUCAACCAGAUUCAUAUCAAGAAGAAGAAGCCGCUGCCAGAGGAUAUUCGAAAGUAUCUGGAUUCCUCUCCACAAGGUAUAGUUUACUUCAGUUUGGGUUCCAACGUCAAAAGUGCAAACCUUACUGAAUCUACAAGGAAUGUAAUAAUUCAAGCUAUGGCAGAGCUGCCUUAUAAGGUAAUCUGGAAAUGGGAAACCGAUUAUUUGCCAGGAAAACCGGAUAAUGUUAUGAUAAGAAAAUGGCUUCCUCAGCAAGAUGUCUUAGGGCACCCUCAUAUCAAAGUUUUUGUAACUCAAGGUGGUAUGCAAUCGAUAGAAGAAUCCAUUACCAAUGGAGUACCAAUGGUCGGAUUACCAUUCAUAACUGACCAGCCGACGAAUGUCAGAAGGUUUACCGAAUUGGAGAUGGGUCUAGGAUUAGAUUAUCGAACCAUGAACAAGGAACAGUUGAGGGAUGCUAUCAUCGAGGUAGCAGAAAACAAAAAAUACAAGGAUCAAGUUAAUAAAUCCAAAAUGAUAUUAGCUGAUCAACCAAUGAAGGGAAUAGAAAAAGCAGUUUGGUGGAUCGAGUAUGUGCUCAGACACAAAGGUGCCAAGCAUCUUCGUAGCGCAGCAGCCGACAUGUCUUUCUACGAGUAUUUCAUGAUUGAUGUUAUUUGUUUCCUAUUUGUCUGCAUUUCUCUUUCAAUUUAUGCUACUGUUAAAUUAUGUUGUUUGAUCGUGUGGUUGGCAAGGAAACCUAGGAGUAAGGUGAAGUCGAAUUGAAUGUUAUUAUUAAUUUUUAUGACAACCAUAUUGAACUUCUCAUGCAAUAUAUGGUGUUUUGCUAGAAACAGUUGAUAAUUAUUAGUCACCUGCCAAGCAAACA